AGGAAGGGGACACUACUCUGUCAAACUUUGUUUGCUUCCGGUCUAACCCACGUUUGGCUGUGAAAGGAGUCAGCAAAUCUGGAAAUAUUGACAUAUUGAAUAUCAAAACGUUCGACGCUACUUUCAAAAACCUCUUAGACAAAAAUGUUUAAAAAGUUCAGUGGCAAGGAAAUGGUCACUAAUGUGAACAACUCCAAAUCCUCAGUACAAAAGGGAAUCAGAAAUCAGCUGGUUGAACAAUUUCCUUUUAUUGAAGAUUAUCUGGAUGAAAUUGUGCCAAAGAAGGAGCCACUCAAAAUUGUUAAAUGCCAAGACCACCUUGAACUUCUAGCAUCCCAAACUGGAGAGCUGCUGUUUUUUAGACAGAGAGAUGGACCUUAUUAUCCUACUCUUCGGCUUCUUCACAAAUAUCCCUUCAUAUUGCCACACAUGCAGGUAGAUAAAGGUGCCAUUGGGUUUGUACUAAGUGGGGCGAACAUCAUGUGUCCAGGCCUGACCUCACCUGGUGCUCGCAUGACAAAAGUUGACAAAGAUGCUAUUGUCGCUAUUAUGGCAGAGGGAAAGGAAACAGCACUUGCAAUUGGCCUCACAAAGAUGUCUACGGAUGAAAUUUUGAGCAAGAAUAAAGGAGUGGGCGUUGACAACAUUCAUUUCUUGAAUGACGGUCUUUGGCAGAUGAAGGCAGUAAAAUAGUGCAUCUCCACCUUUUAGAUACUCAAUUCUUUGCAUGUAUGUUUGUUGUCCCAUGCUCAUGACACUUCUUGUGAUAUGGCUGACACCAUUACCAUCAAUGCUGAUGAAGAUAAUUAAUAUUUCUCACGACUGCUUAGUUUGUAUGCCAGGUAUACAUUGUGUACAGUUUAUGGCUGUUCUGGGUUACAUGAGAAUGUAUAUUUCACAAGGUGAGAUGGGGAUGAUUGUCAAGCUUGUUAGAAGUGUUGGACUAAGGCUGACUAGAGCAAGAGAGUGGAAAGUGACUGAGAAUCUCGAAACGCUUGUGUCAGAACUUGAUAGAAAAGGCCGGAUGAAAUAAAGAGCUAUUGUGGAGGAUUCCUAGGAAUGUUGCCCUUCCUGUCAGUAUAUCAUUGACUUUUAAAGAUUGUGCUUAUAAUGUAUUGGUCAGUAAAUCUAUUCCAAAAGAU